AUGGCCCCUCCAACUCCAAGAUUAGUAAUUCCCAUAGACCUCAAGAGAAGUCCAUGGCACCAAAACCCGCCGCCCCACAACCGGUGGCACCCGGAGAUACCUCCGGUGGCUGAGGUGAAAUCCGGCGAGAUUUUUCGGGUGGAGAUGGCCGACUGGACAGGUGGGGCCAUUUCCGAUGAUGAAUCUGCACUUGAUGUAAAAAACUUAGACCUUUCAACUGUUCAUUAUCUAAGUGGGCCUAUUAGAGUUGUGGACACGGACGGGAAACCAGCCCAGCCCGGAGAUAUUUUAGUUGUGGAAAUUUGCAAUCUGGGCCCAAUGCCGGGCCAUGAAUGGGGCUUCACUGCAAUAUUUGAUCGGGAGAAUGGUGGUGGAUUUCUAACUGACCACUUUCCUUGUGCAACCAAAGCAAUUUGGUAUUUUGAAGGGAUAUAUGCUUAUUCUCCACAUAUACCUGGUGUAAGAUUCCCGGGUUUGACACACCCGGGAAUAGUAGGAACCGCACCUUCAAUGGAAUUACUAAGCAUAUGGAACAAAAGGGAAAGGGAGCUUGAAGAAACCGGUCUCGGAUCUCUCAAAUUAUGCGAAGUCUUACAUUCGAGGCCGCUUGCAAACCUCCCAUCGACCAAGGGGUGUGUUCUUGGCAAGAUAAAGGAAGGAACUUCGGAAUGGGAAAGAAUAGCGAGAGAGGCUGCUCGAACAAUACCCGGACGAGAAAACGGAGGGAAUUGCGACAUCAAGAAUCUGAGCAGAGGCUCGAAAGUGUACCUUCCCGUUUUUGUGGAGGGCGCAAACCUUAGCACAGGGGACAUGCAUUUCUCACAAGGUGAUGGUGAAGUUACAUUUUGUGGCGCGAUCGAGAUGAGUGGCUUUCUCGAGCUCAAGUGUGAGAUCAUAAGGGAUGGCAUGAAAAAGUACCUCACCCCAAUGGGCCCGACCCGUUUGCACGUGAACCCGAUAUUCGAGACAGGGCCCGUCGAGCCCAGAUUCUCCGAGUGGUUAGUGUUUGAGGGAAUCAGUGUCGACGAGAGCGGGCGGCAGCACUACCUCGACGCCAGCGUGGCCUACAAGCGCGCGGUUCUCAAUGCCAUCGACUACAUUUCCAAAUUUGGAUACUCCAAGGAACAGGUUUACCUUCUGCUGUCGUGCUGCCCGUGCGAGGGAAGGAUCUCGGGAAUAGUCGAUUCUCCUAAUGCCGUCGCUACACUUGCCGUCCCGGUUGCCAUAUUCGACCAAGAUAUCCGUCCCAAAACCUCGGAUGUGCCUGUCGGACCACGUGUCGUGAGGAAUCGAGGCCUCCCGCAGUGUAGUUACGAUGGGAACUUGCCGACCACCGUAAACCCUUCUGCUACACUCUGA